UGAAAGCAGCAGCUGACGUACCAUUUACAUUGUCAGGAAGAGAUCCUACUUAUAAUUAUAAAGUGGGUUGUCGAUAAAGAGAAUUGUUUUUGUUAUGGGUUGAACGAAUUGAAUUGCCUGUUUCCAUUUACUUAACAAAAUCACUGUUAGCAUGCCACAAAUUGUCCAGGAAACACAUUCUGCAAAUUGAAUACUAGUUUUGAUGCGCCGUAUUGAAGCAGCAGCUGAUCGGAUUAACGUGACCAUCCCCGUCAAUUAUUCAGCUUCUUUGGAUCCUGCUUGAUGGAGUUGUUGCAUGUUUGAACAUUGAUCUUCCCGAGCGGCCGCGUUAAGCCAUUAGUUAGUUCUCCCAAUUACCAUCUCGCGUAUCAGCUGUGAUCUUUUACACCGCGCCGGAAACUAUCGGCGGCAACUUCACAAUUCCAUCACUGGGUUGGGGGGCGCUUGUGUUAUUGUGCCUAUGUACAGUAUACGAAUCUUCCUUGAAAUCCUGUACAGCACGGCGUCGUAUCAGCAUUCCGUAUGUGACUAUAUGCCUACAAGGCCGUAUCAGCCAGGGCGAAAAUAUCGAUUGAACUUGAAAACACAUUUGAUGUACAAACUACCAAGUUGUUUUCUAAGCAUCUUACAUUUCCGGGAUGAAUAUGGGGUUACAUAAUGUCUGCAUUCCAUGCAGUGCCGCCUCGCAAAGCGGUGGCGCUAUGAAACAUUUUGCCUACUUGUGAAUGUCUGUAGUCGUAAUUGGAGUCGAGCUAUUAGGAGCGUAUUGUUCGUUAUAGUACAUUCUCGUUAUGGCUUAUUAUUGUAAUGCUACGCCUUUUAUUUUUUUCAUUGUGAUAAUGCUUCGCUAUGAGUGUUACACCUAUAAAAAUGUGUGAUAUCGAUCCGCGACAGUUUAUCAGCCCUUCGGCAUUCUUUCAUCCGUCUGAGCCGAUCGUUCAUACGUUUGCUGAGCUGGAAAGUGUCGAUUUUCUACCGGACAUAUCCACUCGAGUAAAAACGAAAUUACAUCCAGCACGAAAAAUUAAGGAGUUCACCGGCUUGAUUAAUCGCGCGAAUAUUUGGCUGUGUGACCAUCCAAACUCUUGCGUGCGCAACAUUGAAACCGUUGAUUUUAAACAGCAGAAAAAGGAUGGCCAACCCCUGGUUAAUAAAUCCCAUUACCGUACUUGCGGUGAACGCCCUAAUAAGUUUAUCCGCGGAUUACGAUUAUGGAUCAGUGUUCAACGCGACAUUGCUGUGCAGAACAAUUAUGAAAAAACUGCAGAACAGAUAGAAUUUGUGGAUCUCGUGCCGGACAUCCCCAGAAAGAUUAGAGGUUGUGCUUAUAACAUCGAAGGUGAAACUGAAUGCCUUGGUCAGCUGAUUGACAGGAUUAAUUUAUCCACAAAACAUGUCCUGUCGGCGCGCCGGUUGGCCACAGUUGAAACAUUGCAAGUCACAGUUACCGAUUCUGGCUUGCUGGACUCGGAAGCGUGUUCAUGGAUUGACCGAGAUUAUAUAACUCAGAAUUUCGUGACCGUUUUGAGAAUUUUUAUCACGACUUCAAAGUCAGUGCAACCAGUUAUAGAAACAAUCAAGAUUGCUGACUUUGUUCCAUCGGUUUUAUCACUCAUUGGAGCGGAAAGCAAUGUCCAGCGCCCCCGCAUGGAAACCUUCCCGGCAGUAUUUGCCAAGUGUGCUGCGUACAUUGCCAAACUUCCCGCCGAUCACCGCGUUUUGAAUUUGCAGACGUUGACCUUUCGACAACAGGGAAUGCAGCAUGUUGACACAGCGCAAACGGCUUUUUGCGAAGAUAAUAUGCAUACAUACCAAGUCAAGUUCAUCCGUCUAGCACUGGCCAUCACCCGCAAUGAUGCGGUGGUAGAUGCAGUGCCAAAGUUGCGCACUGGCGUCCAAUUACAGUAUCAGUUGUUUGUCCCCGAACUUUUAUCCCUGCCAGGUUGUACUGGUGAAGUGGAAUUUGAAGAUCAGGAAUCGACAAGACAGCGAUUACAAAGAUGGAUAAAACGCUGUCAUAUUGCUGUCGUGUCGGUCGAAACACAUCAUAUUCGUAUUUUUUGUGGAGCCGAAAAUUUUGAAGGAUUUGACACCAUGCACACAUGGAACCGGGUUAUUCACCAUACCAAUGCCGCUCACAACCAUAUUCAUAAUUUCCUGCACGGACGCACCCAUCACCGACAUGGAAUACGCCUACGCGAGAGUAGUGCCGCGCCGGAAAGAUUUUUGACCAUAUACCGUGCCUAUUACAGUGCCAGUACUUCCGGCCAGAACGACAUGUGCCCUACGCAAACAUUUGUUGAGCAUGUAAUGCUAUCCAAAUCAAACUCCUUGUGCACAGUGCUUUAAAUCGUCCACCAUUGAUCAGGUUCAACAGUAUAAUUAAAUGCUUUACUUACGCGUAGUAAGACAAUGCAUUCUUCUAGUUAAUAGGCAGAAACUAUUUUCAAAGUUUACAGAUAGGUUGAGUCUAUGCUGAGAGUAUCCAUAUAAUUGUGGAAAUUCUUACAAGCUGGAAGUGGUAUUAUCGAGAGAAAUCCAUCAUCAAUGGUAUCGGUUUCAGAAACGCACUCCUUUAAAAGUGUGUCGGUUAAUGACAACGAAAAAUUUUCUGUUAACGAAACAAUUGUCGCCAACAAAAUCGUACAAGAUAGAUGUC